GGGAAACUUCACGACCCGCAACUGAUGGGAAUCAUCCCUCGGAUUGCGCAAGACAUCUUCGAUCACAUCUACUCCAUGGACGAGAACCUGGAGUUCCACAUCAAGGUCUCUUAUUUUGAAAUCUACUUGGAUAAGAUCAGAGACCUGUUGGAUGUGUCAAAGACAAACCUCGCUGUGCACGAAGACAAAAACAGGGUUCCAUAUGUAAAGGGUUGUACUGAACGUUUUGUGUCCAGUCCUGAGGAGGUGAUGGACGUCAUUGAUGAAGGCAAAUCCAAUCGGCACGUGGCGGUCACCAGUAUGUUCCCUUAAAUCUUCAUGAUGACUGUUUCUUAACUUUUCUUCAUAAUUAAGGCUUCAUUUCUGUCUAUAACUGUUUUGUAGCAACAAAAACCUGCAAGUAUAGAUAAAUAGAAACUACAGCUAGACCAGGUUUUCUUAACUUUGGUGAUGAGGUGUGUUCUGUGCGUUUAGAAUUAUAUCUAAAUAUCUAAAUGUUGCACAAAAUAUAUUUUUGUCAUUGUAAACAAAAUAUCUACUAGGGAUGUUUGAUAUCUCCUUUUUUCUGUUACUUAUAUCUGAUAUACUGAUAUAGUCUAACUCAGGGCUGGACAAUCCUGGUCUUCGAUGGCCCCUAUCCAUCAUGUUUCAGUUGUUUCUUUGCUCCAAAACUCCUGAUUUUAAUCAGCAGGUGAUUGACAGCCUCCUGUAGAGCUCGAUUAGCAGGUGAU